CCCUCCGCUCAUUCCACCCCCUCCCUUUCUCUUCGAGAGUCUGAGCAAAAAUAAGAAAGAGAAAAUCGCCAUUGUAGUUGUGAGGCACAGAAAGAGAGAGAUAGAGAUGUUACAGGACGUGCUCCAUCCACCGGAAUCACAUUUUCCGGAAGAUCUCGCUGUGCCACCGGCGUCGUUUUUCGACUUCGCGGAGGACGACGUCCUCCUAGCCGAGACGCUGAGCAACCAGCCGGACGUCUGCAGCUCUAACAGCUCCGGCGACACCCUUUUCUCCUCCUCAUCUCCAUCCGCCGACAGCAACCGGAACACCCCGGUUCUCGCCGCCGCUUCUCAUCUUACGGGCACCCCCCAGCAACAGGGCGUCGACUUUCCGACGAGCUACGCGCCUGCUCUUACCUUCCACGACCAGUUCGACCUCUCCUCGAUCCACCACUUAUCCUCCUCCGCCUCCUCCUAUGAGGACAAUGCCGCCGGAACUGGCUUCUGUUACGUGUUCGGCCAGGCGGGGGCCAGCCUCGACUCUUCCUCGCCGAUGCCGUGCUCCUUCGGGCCGCCCUUCGAGGCGGAGGUGGAGUGCCUCUUACCAUUUAUUGAUUUCGCCCAGGCGGCCACGCUCGGCCUCGUGCAGCCAGGUGGGCUGAGCCCGACGGCUGCGGCUGCCAGAGGAAGGGCUUGCCGGCCGAUGCACCAAACCGAGCCGGGGAUCAUGGCCGCGGAGCUGGAGAUUCACGCCGAGAGUCUCGGAGGCGUCUUCUCCGCCGAGUCGAUGCGCGGGCUCUAUAGCGCCGGAGACAUGCAGGAGAAGGGACAGGUAGUGGGUGGUGGUGGGUGUGGCACCGCUUUGACGUCCGAUGCGCCUCCCUUAGAGGAAUCAGGCUUCAAAAUUGGCCGCUAUUCUGUGGAGGAGCGAAAGCAGAGGAUUCAUAGGUACAUGAAAAAGAGGAACCAGAGAAACUUCAACAAGAAGAUCAAGUAUGCCUGCCGGAAGACACUAGCGGACAGCAGACCACGUGUUCGGGGAAGGUUUGCAAAGAAUGAUGACUUCGGCGACGCAACAAGAACGCAUCACUUUGAAGACGACGACGAAGUCGAUAAUGCAGACUACAAAGAGCAGGACUUGAUCGACUCUUCAGACAUUUUUGCCCACAUUAGUGGCGUGAACUCUUUCGAUACGAAUAAUCCUAUUCAAUCCUGGAUUUAGAUUAUUCGCUGUUGGAGAUUGAGUUUGUACAUCAACACUUGAAUGAAGCCUGGAACGUAUCCUUUUUUUGUUCAAUAAGAGAAACUGUUACUUGAAAACGCUUGUAUGAAGUGCUUUGCUUCAGGAGCUACUAAAUUUGAGCCCUCAAAUUUUAUAAGUUCAUUAUCGGCAGAAAGAUCUUUGCCCUUUUUCCUUUCA